GCCCAGAAAUUUCAAACCCACAAGUUGAAGCCGACGGACAGCAGAGGGGGGAAAGACGCAGAUCUGGGAUUUUCUGGGUUCAACAGGUGUUCUAAGACAAGAAAAUAGGGAGAAAUCCCCAAGCUUUGCCGGAUUUCCGACCGGAAAAUGGGUGGCGGUAGUUGGGGGGCUCGUCGGGUGCAGAGGGUCGGGGGGCAGAGCAUCGGGGAGGAGCAGAAGCAGAAACACGCGGCUGGUGAGGAAGAAAAGAAAGGAAAAAGAAAAAGAAAAAGCAAUUCAUCCUUAUCCUAAUUUCUUUUCUUUUUAGUCCCUCACUUUUAAAAAUUUUACGAUUAAACCCCAAAACAAUAUUUUCCCUCAAAUAAGUCCCCAAUUUAAUG